GCUCAAACUAGCUGAUCGCAAUCCAGAAGGUCACAUGCCAACGGUGAGCCCUUUUCUGAAAGCACUCAUGGCACACAUUCCCGAGGCUUGUGUUUGCGCAAGAGUUUCUUGUGGCUGGUUGUGAGCUUCUGUUUGUGAGCCAGGUAUUUGUUUAACCCUUGGUUUGCUGAUGUCUUCGCGCAGGUAUCGAGGCGAGACCAGGUUGUGUUCAGCGUGCCAGCAGACCUUUGCCCUGAUGUUGUGGUGGCUUUGGCUGAUGUGGUAGGCAAAAGGCAGAAGAAGAGCAGCAGUGAGAUGAUCUGUUUAGAUUCAGACUCCGAUGGUGGCCACAAGCUUGAACCCUGCCCUGAUGUUGUGGAAGACGACACCAACCUGCUGGCCAUCCAGAACACAGGCAGCCAACUUGCUAUUGCAGCCCCACAGGAAGCGGGAAGCGUAGGUUUGUUUGGGGCCCUAGCAACCACAGUGUCAGAACUACACGCAGACAAAAUGUUUUUCAAGGUUCAGGGCAACAACAUGAGCCACCACACAGUGGAAGGGGAGCCUUUGAGUUUGUUCAAUUUCCUGGUUCAGCGUUUCCAGCCUUGCAUCGAGCACAGUGCGCCGGACUUGGUCAACAAAGUGCUUCUGUCUCCUUGUGGGUAUCCUGUAGCGAUGAAACUACAAGAGCUCUCUUUUGAGUCCCUGGCAAACAGCUUGUUGGCUUGGCGAGCCUGCGCUGGGGUGUCAUUCUUGACCACAACCUCCAUGUCUCAAUCAGCUUCUCAUCUGCUGACAGAGAUCUUGCAGCAAGGGGCUUUAGAGAAUUCCUCCCAGGUCUUUUUUUGCGCAGACUCUGACAGUGAUGCCAUGUCAGAGCUUAUCAAAAUGGGGUUUGUCAAGCCAAGAGAUGGAGACAUGGUGCAAGCCACGGAGGCCGGAACUUCAAGCGUUCAACUGGCGCAAUACUACGAGUGUCCUGUGCCAAUCAGCAAAUACAUGUCUAGCCCCCCGCCAGCUGAACAAGACAUGACAACUAUGGACUUGCUUGUCUCACUUCUUGCUGAUGGCUGGGGUCAAAGGGCACUGACUAACAAGUCUAAGCAGGAGUCUUACAAGGUCGGAGGAGAGAGAGUGAUCUUAUACCAGCCGUCGCAACCAAACUUGGGCAAGGCUUAUUUGCUCGCGCUUUGGAAGAGCUGCUCGAUUUUUGCCAAGGGUGUUUCCGAGAUUUACCACGGUCAACUUGAAGGUUACUACCAUGCAUUGCUUGAGAGUAAUGCUGAGCAAGCCAGGAGAAUAAGACCCAAUCUCAAGUUGAAAGACUACAAGGCCUUGGUUAGCAGCCAGAGCUUGGCUACUGACUUCCAGGGCACUUUGAAAGACGCUGGCUCAGAUAGUGAAGGCCUUCUGGCCACGCUGCAAGCUCAUCCGGAUUCCAUUGAGGAUCCCACAGCAGGUUCUACUUCUCUUCUUGAAGGUCUUCCUCUCAGCCCGACAGCAGUGGCAGGCUCUACUCCUCUUCUUGAAGGUCCUCCUCUCAGCCCGGCAGCCGUGGCAGGCUCUACUCUUCUUGGAGAUCCUCCUCUCAGCCCAGCGGCAGUGGCAGGUGGCGAAGAUUCAGUUCAUGAGCUUCAAGGCCUGCACCUGCAGGGUGGUGGUGAUGGUGAUGAUAGCCCAAAUGCAAACAGUUGUGUGUCAGGCCAAACGCCUAGCACGCCUGAAGCAGUUAACAGAUUGGUGGCUGAGCUCAUGGAACAGGAGGAGUCAGGUCCAGGUGAAUCAGAUGGCGUGUCAGACAUUUUGUCUUCAGAUUGUGAAGUUCCCGGAGCAGAGAGACGCCCUGCCCAGCCAGCUGCAGCUCAACGAACAAGCGUUUUGGAUUUCUCGACUGUUUGGCUUGGGCCUAUUGCAAUUGUCAAGAGACAUGACACACAUGCACCUUCCUUCUAUGUGAACUGCCCCCUGCACUCUUAUGUCUCCACAGAUGAAUCUGGAAGGAGGAAGGAGCACAGGUGCACGAAAUCCAUGCAGAUCAACCAACCAAAUGAAUCUCGAGUUCUGCACAGAUUAAAGUGGUGGGUUUUGCAAGGAUACCUGAUGGUACAAGGAUGCGAUGAAGGUCAGGAAGAACUCCGCAGGCGGCAUGUGACACAGGUUCCGCCUACGGAUGUAUCUUUGCUUGGCGAUGAAGCCGAGAUUGAGGAACGAAUUCAGCAUUACGUAAAUCUCACACAACCGGCACUAGCAAACGCUUGAGUGGAAGAAAAAGUGUUACCCGAAUUGCCCUAGGUCUGUGAACACUCAAUGCCAGAGUCUUCUAUAGGCAGCAGCCUGAUGUU